UGUAUGACGAAAGGGAACAUCUUUGCGCUGUCAGAAGAGAACGGCAUACUGAUGAGAUCCAAUGGGAAAUGCUGCGAUUUUCAGUCUCACCAAGUCUUUCUCUACGGUGUGUGUCUCCAGGGCAUGCUUCUCUCGGAAAUCUUGUGCACAGGCAUAGAAGUAGAAUAUGAGAUGUGUGACAGCAUGACUAGUUUGAAGGGCAUCUGGGUUGGCAGUAAUCUUCCCUUGGAGUCCUCAGUCCUCUAUGACAAGCUGGAGAGAUGGUGCCAAGAGUACAGUGUUCCGCAAGAACUGACAUUUCAACUACUGUGUGCUGCAGGAUGGUUACCUGAUGAUCUUGAUCCUGUAUUAGACUUCAACCCUGAUAUGGAGGUCAUAGAGAUUUCUUCAUGAAAAGGCUAGGAGUUUAAAAAGAAGGAAAAAAAGGGAGAAACAAGUGAAGGCUGUAUCUUCUAAUGCAGAGCUGUGCUUAUUUCUACUCUGUGAUUAGGGAACAUUAAGAGAAACGUGUGCCUUUGAUGAUAUACUUGCACUGUUUAUGUAUUUUUUUAUGUGUUUUUGGGAAGAGCAUAAUACUGUUACUCUAUUUUUAUUUUUUUUUUAGACUCUGAGUAGAGAUGUAUAUAAUGUUAGGCCAAAAGAAGGGGAUUCUUUUUCAGUACUCUUAUACUUUGUGAAUUGUAAAUAUAUAAGAUGAUCCUGUUUUAUAUUUCACGGGAAUGUAUUUUUAUGAAUUUCCAUAUUUCUUUCCAAAUGGUAAGGAAAUUUAAAAA